AUGUUCAGCCCCCUGCCCCUCAAGACGGACUUCGGGGAGCACUUGCUCACCCCCUUCACCAGCCUGUUCAGCCCUAAGGGCUUCAGCCUGACCUCGCCGCUGGCGGCGAACCUCUUCGAAGACUUUGCGGUCAAAGAUGGCCACCUGUCUUUCGACAACCUGGACUCCGUGGCACCGACCAACAAGAAGAAGCGGAAGUUUGACGGCCUGCUCGCAACCGACUUCGGCUCGCUGUCCGACAGCUUGCCCCCUGCGCAGAAGCUGUGCCUGACCCCUUUCCCGGACCUCACGUACACGCGCCCGGUCGUCCAGUAUGGCCGCAUUCGUGCCAUGGAGGCGGAGGUCCGGGAACUGGAGCAGAGCAUCGCCGAAAUGGAGGCCGCGAUCGAGCAGGCGGAGAGCCAGGGGGCGACUGCGCUGCACACCCCCCGCCAGCCCGACGCCGCGCCCCAGGCCCUGCCCCGCCUGGCCCUGCCCGAGCCCGACCUGGCCAGCCUGGCCACCUCCUUCCUCAGCCCCGGGACCGAGGAGCUGUUUGCCGCGGCGUGCAACAUGUUCCUGAGGGGACCUUUCGGGCUGCCCCCUUGCGCGCUGCCGGAGCUGGAGGACGAGCUGUUUGCAGGCCUGGAGUUUUGA